CCUCCCCCUACGACUCAAUUAACAAAGCACCAUGUCCGCCACCGCAGAGGCGCCGACGGAGAUCCUCAUCCCGUCGCUACCAAACGACGUCGCUUUGCAAUGUCUGGCUCGCGUCCCAAGACAGUAUCAUCCUGUCCUCGCGACGGUGUCGAAGCCCAUCAGAUCCCUCCUCUCCUCCCAAGAAUUCUUCGCCGCCAGAUCAGCCCUCAACUCCACCGAACUCCUUCUUUACCUCCUUAUCCGAAACCAAUCCGGCGGGCCCCGGAGUUGGCUCACGGUCUACGGAAGACCCAACCCAAACGAUGACGACGGCGGCGACAACAAGAGCAAUAUCAUCAUCGCCCCGGUCCCAGGAGUUCCAGACGACUGGCAAGAUUGGUCCCAGUACGCCGUUGUGGUCCCCAGGAUCUACGUCUUCGGCGGCGAAAUCUACGGCCUCUCUUCACCCGAGUUGUGGAUUUUCGAUUGCCGCUUCCACACUUGGGAGCGCGGCCCGAGCAUGCCAACCACGGUAAGCGACACUUUCCGACCAAACCGUAUUUUUUGCCUGAAAAUCACGCCUCUCUUCAAGACCGUAGUUUUGGACGGCAAGAUUUACGUGAUCGGAUGUUGGACAGUGGAGAACUCAUGGGUCCACGUGUUCGACACGGUGGAUAGGCGCUGGGAGGCCGUUCCUAGCCCCAAGCUUGUGGUUUACGGCAGACCGGUUGUCGGCUGCGCCAUUAGGGGUCGUGAGGUUUGCGUUUGGUUGAACAAAGAGGAGCUCAAGUUCGACCCCGCGACGAAGACGUGGGAGGUGUUUGAGAGUCGUACCGGUUAUGGAUUGGAUUGGAACACAGAUGUGUGCGAGGUGAAUGGGGUGCUGUAUUGCUAUGAUCGUCAUAGUAGGUUGAUUAAAGGCUUUGAUGAAAGAAUUGGAGAGUGGAAAAAGCUCAAGUUUGUGAACAAAGGGAUGCGAAGUCACUGGCGGAGUAUUCGGAUGGGCAAUGUGGGAGGGAGCUUGGUGAUCAUGGGGUCGGCGCGUUUUAGGAAUUUGGAGAGCACGGUGGGAGUGUGGUGUGUGGAAAUUGAAGUGAACAAGGACGGGAAUGAGGAUUUGCAAGGACAGGUUCUGUGGUCGGAAAUGGUUUAUUCGACCCAAAUAUGUUCAUUUGGUGGGUGGCCCUUGUUAUAUGCUUGUGUGCCGGUUUCUUUGUGAGGACUAAUUGGAUUAUGUUAUAUAAAAUCUUGCUUUGUUCAACUUGUUCAAUGGUUUUUCUGAUAGUUUUUGCUCUGAUUGGUUUGUUGUUGAAGGAAAACUGUUAAAAAUUAUCUGAGUGGAUUAUAAACUUCUAUAUGUGUGAACUCUGCAUAUGUCGAAUCCUUGAAAGAAUUUA